UAAGGUUUUUGCAAGUGGGAUGUAUGAGGCAUAAUUAUUUGUACAAAAUUAAUUUUUUAUUUAAUUCAAUUUACUUAAAAGAUAAGUUAAAUUUAUUUAAAAAUGAUACAAGACGAAGAGGAAUGUAAACUUUAUCUGGAAAAGGAACUGCUUGCUCCGCAUGAAUAUUUACUUAAACUGCCUUCCAAAGAAAAACGUCUAAGAAUUGCAAAGUCCUUGAACUACUGGCUGGGUUUGCCAAAGGAAAAAUAUCAAUUCAUUGUUGAAACGAUUCAGUCGUUACAUACAGGUUCAUUGCUGAUCGAUGAUAUCCAGGAUAAUACUCUAGUUCGCCGGUCUGUCCCGGCAGCUCACCUGAUAUAUGGAGAGCCACUUACAAGCAACGCGUCAAUGCACGUCAUGACACUUUGCCUGGAGAAGCUUCUAAGUCUUGGACAUCCAAUGAUCGGAAAAUUGUAUUGUGAAAAUUUCUUGGAAAAUAUUCGAGGACAAGGAAAGGAAAUUUAUUGGAGAGAACGUUUCCAAUGUCCAAGUGAAAAACAGUAUAAAUAUAUGUGUAUGCAAAAGACUGGCAACAUGUUCAAUCUUGCCUAUAAAGUCAUGCAGUUAUUUAGCAACGAUAAAAGGGACUUCACGAAAUUAGUCAAAAAUCUUGGAUUAUAUUUUCAGCUAUGUGAUGAUUACUGGAACUUAGUGAAUAUUGAGGCGUUAGAAGAAUUGCCCGAUGCAAAUAUACGCAAUAAAAGUUACAAAAAUAACACAAAGGAUGUUGUGAAAACAAAUGGUGCGAAAGCGGAGACUCGAUAUUUCUGUGAAGAUCUGACAGAGGGCAAAUUCACUUUGCCAAUUAUUCACGCUGCUCAACAGGAAGGUGGCGAGGUUGUUCUGAAUAUUCUCAGGCAGCGUACAAGGGAUCCGGACCGAAAGAAGUUUUGCGUGUCAGUGCUAGAGAGCCUUGGUAGUAUCAAGUACACCAGAGAUCAGAUUAUUGAGCUAGAAAAAUGGCUACGGAACGAGAUAAAUAAUUUCGGCGGUAAUUCAGAGCUAUCAGCAAUUAUAGACGAGAUGACUCUUUACUUGUAGUUUUUUGUGACUGCUUGCCGUGCCCUAUCAACAAAAGAAAGCAAUGGCGAACUUAAUCCAGCGAAGUUCUUUUUCUCUUUCACACGUCUUUGGUCUCACACUCUUACGCCUUUGUGUGUUCAUAUAGAACUGACUUAACAGAAUUUUGUUAUGAAAAUUUGAUUAAAAUAUUUAACAGAUCUUUUUAUGUAUACCUUGUUUAUAUUCACUGUUGUUGAAGUAGUACUGAUAACAUGAAACCACAAUUUGUAUCAAGUACAAGCUACGAGCAAGGAAAGGAUCACUUGAUCGCCUUUCAAGUUUUGUUAAAGUUAUAUUUCUUACGGUGCAGUCUUAAAGCGCUCUCAAAUUGUAUGAAAAUAAAGUCAUAAAAAUGGAAA